UCCUCUGUGAACCAUCGUUCGUGCUGAUCAUCUUCUACCUGGCUCCUCAACAGAGCUGAAACGGACAUUCGCAUUUAAAUCAACGAAUAGGCUAAUAAAGAAAAGAGACGAAAUUACAAUUUCUGUCCUUAAUACAUUUAUCGAGAGAAAAUAAAUUUGUAACGGGGGGGGAAAAAAAAAAAGAAAAAAUCGUCCUGCGUCACAAACCAGACACACAUCAGUUUAAUAUCUUUGCUCCGGGAAAGCCUUCAGCACAGAAUAUUUGUUUCUUUCUUUUUUAAAACAAACACAAUGAAAACCAAAUUUAUCAACGGGGUUUCUUCUUCCCCUUCCUUGUCGCUGGGGUUGCUAGUGACCGAGAACGCCCUGCAGGUCCAGCCCAACAUCGAGGACGAUUGCAAGGAGUUGGCCCGUCUAGACAAGCCCGACCUGGAAACCCGGCGUAAAGCUUAUCUCUGGUGCAGAGAGUUCCUCCAUGGAGCCUGGAAGAGCUUGGCUGAGGAAGAUUUCCAUAUCGCCAUCAUAAGGGGUGGUCUGAGCAACAAGCUCUUCCUGUGCAGCCUCCCUGACAGUCUGGACACUGUUGGGGAUGAGCCGAGGAGCAUCCUGCUGCGACUCUACGGGGCCAUCCUGCAGAUGUCCUGUAAUAAAGGGGAUUCCCGACAGUCAAACAAAGAAAAUCACUUCCAAGGCGCGGAGGCCAUGGUGUUGGAGAGCGUAAUGUUUGCGAUCUUGGCGGAGAGGGAGCUGGGACCUAAACUCUACGGUAUUUUCCCUCAGGGCCGACUGGAGCAGUAUGUCCCUAGCCGUAAACUGGACACAUGUGAGUUAAGCGACUCCAGCAUCUCAGCAGAGGUUGCAGAGAAGAUGGCUAAGUUUCAUGCUAUGAGGAUGCCCUUUAACAAGGAGCCAAAGUGGCUGUUUGGAACCAUGGACAAGUACCUGAACCAAGUGAUGAGGCUCAACUUCACCAGAGAGUCUCAGCUGCGCCGCUUCAACCGGCUGCUCAGCUACAAUCUGCCCCAGGAGGUGGAUAUGCUCAAGUGUCUGCUGGAGUCCACCCACUCUCCUGUAGUGUUCUGCCACAAUGACUGUCAAGAAGGAAAUGUCCUACUGCUGAGGGGCCGCGAGAGCUCAGACAAACAGAAGCUGAUGCUCAUUGACUUUGAGUACAGUAGCUACAAUUACAGGGGAUUUGAUAUUGGCAAUCAUUUCUGUGAAUGGAUGUAUGACUACACCUGUGAGGAGUUUCCUUUCUUCAAAGUCGAUGCACAGGCCUACCCCUCAAAGGCCCAGCAGCUCCACUUCAUUGAGAGCUACCUGCGUGAGUCUGACCAAGGGUUUGACAAUCUGAGUGAAGAGGACCAAAUGAAUCUGAAGGAGCAGCUGUACGUCGAAGUCAACAGGUUCUCCCUUGCAUCCCACUUCUUCUGGGGCUUGUGGUCCAUCAUCCAGGCCCGGCUGUCCACCAUCAAGUUUGGAUACCUGGAGUACGCCCAGGCCAGAUUUGAUGCCUACUUCCAGCAAAAGAAGAUUUUGGCGAUCUAACAGAGCAAGAAGAAUGGAUGGCCUGACAACACAUCUAGCCUAACGGCUGGAGGAGGCUAUGCCGGCUGUUAAAGUAACAAUCCAUGCUUCACUUUUACCCCCUGCCUUGUGAGGAUUUGCUGGUCUUUGUCGGUGAUUUGUUGACCAAAACCAAAAACCUGAACGCGUGGCUAGGUGCUUAAAAAUAGAGAAUCCUUUGCAGCUCAAAGUUUACAAGAAAAACUUGUAAUGAGCCCAAAAACAAAAGAAGAAAAACCAUCAACUUGUUUUAACCGCCACCACUGGUCGGAGGUGCUCUGAGCGUCUUUCUUAUUGAAACCAUAUCACUAAUAUGAGGGUUACGUUUUGAGCAGGAGAGAGGCGGAUUUCAGUUACAGCUAGAUUGGAAUUGUUAACAUUGCAUCAAUGUUAUGUAUUGAUCAUUCCCUUAUGGAAAUGUUCUGUUGGAAAGAACCAAAAUGUGAACUUCUCGUGGUAGAUUCCUCCUUUAUGGAAGCAGCCAGCUGCCAGAUAUGUAUAUUAUAUAUAGAUCUCAAUGUGCCAGUUACCUGGCUCCAUCUGUUACUGAUGGGCUGAAUCUUUGAAAGUGGAAUCAUGACUUGAUUGACAGGUCAGAUUGGUGUCUACGCCUUCUGUUUGUUUCAUUUCAAUUGUUGUCUUUGACAUUCCUUCAGGCCAGGGCUAACACAGUUGUGUUGUAUAAUUGAUGGUGUGAAGGCGUUGCAUGAGUCAAAAAUGAAUUAAAUCCAAAAAACUGAAAAAAACUAUCCUUCAAAAACCACCCACUAUACGAUCUGUAUGGAUAUAAAAUGCCUUUGUUGUUUAUGGCAAUAUAAGUUCAAGAAUAUGUGACACUUUGCAACUAACUCAAGUCUUCAUCAGGGCCAUAAAGGCUUUAUAAUCUAUUAAAAAUCUGCAGCGUGCUGUGGAUUUAUUUUGAAGGACAAUGGCAGUUUGUAUUGUUUUAAAUUAUUUUAUCACACAUGCAACCCCUUCACAAGAUGGAUUAAGCUCAGCUAACCUGAAAGCAUCCAGUAUUCUAAUUCAACAUAUGUAUUUUCAAACAUGUUCAUGUGCAUUUCCUCUAAAUGGUUACUGGCGCCUUUUCUUUUUUUUGAGACCGAGCUUUUAUUUUUAAUUUUGGCUUCUGGUAGGAAAACAUGGACAGUAGAGGUUCCCGUCUUGGUGGCUGACGUAGCUCCACCCAAUCCAAAUCAAAUACAUUAACACAUCAUUUGUUUCCUUUGCAUGUAGCUCUUUGUGGCAUUUACACUUAUCCACUGUGAAUUUACCCAACCGCUUGUAUGUUUGUUUGUUUUUUUACUGAGAGAGGUUUGUUUUGUUGACAGUAUUAUUAUGAUCACUCUGUUUAGUAGAUCCAGGUUACACACUGGGUUUUAACAUCUGCCUGCGUUAGCGAGUUAGCUAACAAUACAUUCCAUUUGACGGUUUUUUGUUUUUUUUUAACGUUCAGUCUUAUCACUGCAUUGAAGAAACAUACUGUCACAGACUACACACGACAAUCCUUCUUUAUUGAAGUAAUGGAUUGUUUGGUGAUGUCACUGGUUUUCUGGCGGAAGUGCCUACUGCUAAGUUGCCUCAUCGUCAUAUCCAAAAAACAAAAUAAUGACACAAGCACUUACAUCAUACCACACAGCUAAUAACUUAUUUGAAUAAGAUGUAGCUGGACUGUCACUACUGUAUGACAUUACUGUGUCUUUCAGUGUAAAAGGUUCUCUGCUAAGGAGAGCUGAGUCACUGGUGUUAAUCUCUUGGUCAAAUCCACUCACACACACGUCAUAUCAUGGUCAUUGCCUGCUCCAUAAUGGUGAAACCACUCCUCCACUGUGCACAUUUAAACAAGACUCAACCACUGAAACAGAGACACAUUGUGUCCUGGCAGGUUAAGCUCAAAAGCUCUGCAUUCUUUGCAGUGGGAUAUGUGUUUAUGAAGAGAGAGGGUGAGAGUGAGGCUCUCUCUUUCAAAUGUAUACACAAGAGCGAUUAUUCCCCGUCCCAUCAAGACAUUACCUAUACAAGUCUUGGCUGCAUAUCCCUCCUCAUUACUGUUUAGUGGAGCAGAACACGUCAGGUCAUUUUCCUGUUUAUGUAGGAGCCACCAAAAAUAAACAUUUGACUCUUGUGACGUGUACAAUAGUUGUUACCUCAUGUUUGGUGUGAGAGAGAGAAUACACAGUGUUAUACAGUGUAUGCUGAUUUAAGGGAACUAAGCUGGAUGUUGAGUUUAAGCAGAUCACAACACCUGUCACCCGAUACUGGAACCAUCCAAAGGUUUUUGAAUGUCCACUGUGGCACUUUUGAUUUGUGAACUAUGAAAAAAAACCCACAAUAUGUAAUAUUUUGAUGUUUAUGGGUUUGUUGAACUGUGAUUUUUAAUGAAAAUGUAUUUUACAUGCAUUCUGUUGUUUAUUGUUUGGUUUAAUUUGUCUUGGAGACGCACUUAAAUUUAGAGUUUAAAUUUAUUUUGAGAUGAAAUGGGACUAAGGAUGCAGCGGCCGCAUGUGUUGUGGAAUGUACCAGAGUACUUAAAUGAUUCAAAGUGUUACUUGUGCACCCAUCUUCAGACAAAAGUAUUGACUUUCAAACUUGUUCUGUUGCUCAAAGCCUUCAGGGGCUGUGUCUUAAAUUGUAUCCAGUUUACCGUUCUUCAGUUUUGCAGUGUAUCAUUUGCCCCUGACCUUCCAGUACAUUCUAUCUCUAUUUAAAUGUUGUUUUCUUUUCCCAUAUCUUUUUGAUAUUUGUUGUAGAAAUACGGAAAUUGUAGCUAACAUACAUUCCACAAUUGUAACUUUGCAUUCAGUAUCGUAUGUACUUUGGACCGAAAGAAGUUUAAAUUUUGAUCAAUGUGGUUUGUAGUCCCAUAGAGAAUAACAAACACCCUCACUCCAUCAAUACUUGUGAUUUAUUGUAUGUACUAUUCACUUACAAAAAGUAAGAGGGCCAUGCUAAUGAUUAUUCAUAAAUGAUAAACUUGUAUCUUAUCAUUCUUGAGAGAGUACAUUGUGAUAAUGUGAGAAAACAUUCUGUUUGGUCAUAUCACACGCAUCUACUGUCAUGUAACCAUCAGUGAUAACUAUGCUAUUCAUGCAGCUAUACUCAGUGCGCGAGUACUUACACAAAAGUCUUUGUAAAUGAGAUGUUUAAGGGUGAAAUGCAGCAUAGAAUUGACCUUGGCUGUAAAUUUUCUUUUCUGCUUUGCACAAAUAAAUAAAAAAAAAUGGGGUGAAAAUGA